AUGGAUAGUCAUAGGCGACGAUGCGCCAUCUCAGGCUUGUCGCAGGAUGCUGCUAUUUCAAUAAUAGCAUCAUUGUACGGGCAUAAUUGUCUGCCGUUGAUUUUCAGAGAGAUAUACGAUCGUUAUAAAGCUUCUUCAAAGGGAAAGAUAGAUGUUCAUACAAGAUUAAUGAAAAAUUACAAAGAUAUUCCUUCAUGGUGGUUUUACUCUCUUCUUGUGGUGACUAUUGCGGUCUCUCUUGCACUCUGCAUCUUCAAGAAAAGUGAGGUUCAGUUGCCUGUUUGGGGACUUCUAUCUGCAGCUGCUCUUGCUUUUAUAUUUACUCUUCCAAUCAGCAUCAUCACUGCAACCACAAAUCAGACACCAGGACUAAAUAUUAUCACAGAGUAUAUUAUGGGCAUAAUAUAUCCUGGAAGACCAAUAGCAAAUGUCUGUUUCAAGGUAUAUGGCUACAUGAGCAUGGCUCAAGCAAUCUCCUUUCUUAGCGACUUCAAGCUUGGUCAUUAUAUGAAGAUCCCUCCAAGAUCAAUGUUCUUAGUUCAGUUCCUCGGAACAAUCAUUGCAGGUACAAUUAAUAUAGGUGUCGCAUGGUGGCUUCUGCAUUCUAUUGACCACAUAUGCCAAGCGGAUAAGCUCCCGCCAAACAGUCCCUGGACAUGUCCCAACGAUCGUGUCUUCUUUGAUGCAUCGGUCAUCUGGGGCCUUGCGAGUCCAAAGAGGAUUUUCGGCGAACGUGGAAACUAUUCAGCAAUGAACUGGUUCUUUCUCGGAGGAGCAUUGGGGCCAUUUGUUGUUUGGGGGUUCCACAAGGCAUUCCCUAAGCAAUCUUGGAUUCCCCUCAUUAACCUUCCCGUACUCCUCGGAGCAACUGCUUUUAUGCCACCAGCAACUGCAUUGAACUACAAUUCUUGGAUUCUGGUCGGGACAGUUUUCAACUUUUUCGUGUACAGAUAUCGGAAGAAGUGGUGGCAAAGAUAUAACUAUAUACUUUCAGCAGCCUUAGAUGCUGGUGUUGCUUUCAUGACUGUGUUGAUCUACUUCACUCUGGGGUUGGAGAAUAAAAACAUAAAAUGGUGGGGUGCUAAUGAUCCUGAGCAUUGUGAACUUGCCACUUGUCCUACUGCCAAGGGCAUAUCAGUUGACGGUUGCCCAACAUUUUAAUUUCUACAUUAUAUUUGCACGUGUUGUUUGAAAUUUGAAAUUAUAUAUUGGUCGAAUAUCCACGAAACAGAUUUGAUGAAGAAUUGCUUUAACGAAAGAAAUUGUUUAUAGUAGAUUUUGUACAUGCAAUGUGCUGUAUUCUUGCU